AUGGUAGCAGCUGCUGAAGAUGAUUCGAUUAUCGAGACGAAUGUUUCUCUCCAGCAUCCUCGUGAAAAUGUCUUCUUGCUAACCGUCGUCGUAAAUAUCGUUGUUGCUUAUGGACAACAUCAUCCCGCCCGUGUUUUAUUGGAUAGCGCAUCGCAACCGAAUUUGAUCACCGACCGCAAGGCUCGUAUCCGCCGCCUGAAGAAGCAUUGCGUCAACGUUACUGUCCAAGGGCCCGGUCAGUUAUCCAACGUCAUACAUGAAUCCAUCUACGCCCAAGUUUCAUCUAGAAAGGAGCAUUCUAGCGGAAUUAAUAUCCUCGUAAUGGACAAAUUAACUGCCAAUCUUCCUGUGCAAAAUGUCUCCAUAGCCGACUGGAGAAUUCCAACGAAUCUAUUUCUAGCAGUUCCAACUUCAACAAGAGCCAGCCGAUCGCUGGGAGCCAAUCACUUUUAUUCAUUCUUCCCGAAUGCCGCACGAAUACAGUUGCAUGGCAAUCUCCCACUCCUGGUUGAUAGCGUUUUCGGAUGGAUCGUUGCGGGCUCUGCAGAUCUAGUAUUCCCCAAGCUCAAACCAUCCUCCAAUUCCAGCAGUCUCGUGUCUGUAUCUUUGGUCACCUUGGAAGAAACUCUGGAACGUUUCUGGAAAAUGGAAGAACUAAUUACCAAGGACAACUACUCCGUCGAAGAAAGGCGCUGUGAAACACUUUACCAAUCGACAGUCUCUAGAAACCCUGACGGACGGUACAUAGUUCGCCUGCCUCGGAAGCCUGACUUUGACGACAUGUUAGGCGAGUCGAAGGCAAACGCGCUGCGACGGUUUCAGUAUUUGGAGCGACGUUAG